GAGUAUAUAAACACGUCCAUCAUGGCUGGCUUCAGCAGAACAUUAUGUUUGGGAAAGGUUUUCCACUUUUCGACGGUUUUGUCAAAGCCAUUGGCGAGAAAUGCAAGAUGUAUAUGUUCAUCAGCAACACGUUUACAAGAUGAAAAUGCUUCCAAACCUGGUUGGUUUACGAAUCUUUUACGUGUCCGAACACUAGAACCAAGUAAAGAGUCUCACUCAAGUCAGCUAUCAUCCAAAGAAAUAGUCUAUGAAAUUCAAUUCCAUGCAGUUAAACCUGAAGCUAUGGAAUCCUACCUUCAAGAAUUUUCCAAGUUUCAGGCAUUAAUGCAGAACAAAGGAAGUGGUGCUAAAUUAGUUGGUAGUUUUACUGUAGAAAUUGGUAAUCAAGAUGAAGCUAUACAUAUUUGGGAAUAUGAUGGUGGUUACCCAAUGCUCAAUGAAGCCAAUAAAAUAUACAGAACCGACAAGGAGUUUAUUGAUUACAGAAAACAUAGGAAUCACAUGCUGCGCUCAAGAAAGAAUCAGAUUUUAUUGUCAUUUAGCUUUUGGCCAAAACCAGUGCCACGAGAACCUAGUAAUAUAUAUGAAUUAAGAAGCUAUACAUUGAAGCCAGGAACUAUGAUAGAAUGGGGUAAUAAUUGGGCUCGAGGUAUAAAAAGUAGACAGCAAAAUGAAGCCCCUGUGGCCGGAUUUUUCUCUCAUCUUGGAGAGCAGUAUAAUGUCCAUCAUUUAUGGGGUUAUAAAGAUUUACAGACCAGAAAGGAAACAAGAGAAGCAGCUUGGGGUCGACCAGGAUGGGAUGAAUGUGUGGCAUAUACUGUACCAUUGAUUCGACACAUGCAGUCUAGAAUACUUAUACCAACUCCUUUUUCUCCCCUGCAGUAACACGAUGCCAGGUGACAAUAGAUGAUCAUGCACUGUAAAUAAAGAUAAUAGAAAUGUGUGGAUUUUAAGAUAGGUAACUUUUUUUUUUUUACAAAAAAAGUAAAAAAAAAGUAAUAAAGAUGUAUAUUGUUUUGAGUAGACUGUGACAAAAACACAAAAUAUCAACAAUAAUUCUGUUGUUUUAUGUUUUAAAGUGGAUUGUUUACAAAUAAUUUGUAAACUAACAAAUGUCAUUUUGAUAGACUGGAGAAAUACUUUAUUGAGAUGAGUAAUGAUUUAUAGAAUGAUGUUGUGAGGUGAAAACUUAUCGGUUAUAUGGUAAUAACAGUAUUACAAAUAUGUUUAAUUUGCAAGGAGCUUAAUUACUUUAAAGAUUAUACAAAAGCAGGUACAUUUGAGAUAGAUUCUUUAAAUUUUAAAUUUU